GAGUAACAGAGUGAUGUAAUGAGGCCCGGAAGCAGGCAAUUUGCUGCCCGCGGCAGCCGCAGUUGCGCGAGACAACCUGCCCGGAGUACCUUCUUCUUGAUACCGUGGUCCAGCCUCCUCCGUAUCGGACACCUGACCGACCAAGCUUACAAAAAGUGAUGUCGUGAAAGAGCGCGGAUUAAAAAAAAAAAGAAAAACAAACCAUACGUGUAGUGGCCGCACGGGCGAGUACGUGAAAAAACAAAAUCGUCAGUGCGUGUCGAGAGGAGAAGAUAAUUAUUUCGUAUGAUGCACACGCGGUCUGUUUGGAUAACGUUGUUUUCUAUUCGAUGUAAUGAGUGUAAACGCAAGUUGCAAGUUGCUGGCGUAAUAUACAUUUUUAUGCAUCAAAGAUUUUAGUUUCAUCGAAAUUAAUGUUGUUUCUAAGUUUCUGGUGAUUGCAACGUUAAAUCUGGACAAGGAGAUACAAGUGAGCGGAACAUUUAUCCAAAAUUCAAUAACGCUUAUCCAAUUCUCAUCGCAAAUUGAUAUAUACGUAUAUUUCAGUCCACGUAUCAUUAUGUUACUUACAAUCAUAUUCAAUUAAAGCACUUACUGUACUAUUAAAAUAUUGCGUAGUAUAUUUAUUAGCGUCAUUGAGAUAACCCCCGUAUAAGUAAUUAAAAAUUACGAUAACAGAAAAAUCAAGACUAAAAUGAUUGUGUGUAAACACUCCUAUUUAAUAAACGGAACAAAUUCUCGAUAUAUAAAAAUCACAUAGUUUAUGGGCUACAAUAUCCCUGACGGCCGAUCGUUCGAGUCAGAUUUUAAACUGUCAAACAGGACCGUGAAGACAAUCCGGCUGUGCGCUCAUCGUGCCGCGGAACGGUGUGACUAUGUGACAGUUUUGUGAUUAGAUUGACCUCAAUACGAGCUGGAUAUCCGGACGUACCUACAAGAGUGCUUUUAUUCUUAACCAUUCCGACUGAAUAUUUGCCAACGUUUCACGACAAUCAAUGGUUUAAGAUGACCAAAAAAAGAUUUUGCGUUUUGCGUUUUGCUGGAUUAUUCUAUUAGAUAAUCCCAGGGAAAAGAAUAAUUCGAACAAUCUGCACAUCAAGUGAAACGAGUACAGGUUCAUCGUGAAAAUUGUCACAGUGAUUGAAGGGGCUCUUUGGUGAUGUACGACAGCGCUAGCUGUUCGUACGCAGGUGCGCUCGAAUUAAAGGGAGCCUCCGGGGCCGGUGCCGCGGCCGCGGCCGCCGCCGGUGUAACCGCGGCCGGCGUCAAGCAGGAGAACUGGCCGUAUCGCGGCCUGACCUGCGGCAGCACUUUUCAACGGCUCAAGGAAAGCGUCGACAAGGCGAAACAAGCCCUCGCCGAUCGCAGUGGCUACCUUGCGGGUGCGUUUUCGCCGCCACCGCGCGCCAACCCGUCCACCAUUUCGCCCACUGCCUCCAUCACUGAUGCUGGCAGCUCUUAUAAGGGAGGCUGGAGUCACGCCACAUCGCCGGCACCUGGUCAAGGCUAUGGAAGCAGCUUAUCAAAGACAGCAUUGGACACGCACAGCCAUCUCAGGCAGCCUGCAGAUCCUUAUCAAAUGUUCGGGGCGACGAGCAGUCGACUCGCGAGCUCCGGUUCCGGUCAGAUUCAACUCUGGCAGUUUCUACUCGAGCUUCUGUCGGACUCGAGUAAUGCCGCGUGCAUCACGUGGGAAGGAACUAACGGCGAAUUCAAGUUGACCGAUCCCGACGAGGUGGCGAGACGAUGGGGCGAGAGGAAGUCUAAACCUAAUAUGAAUUACGACAAAUUGUCGAGGGCUCUAAGGUAUUAUUACGACAAGAACAUCAUGACGAAGGUUCACGGCAAGAGGUACGCGUACAAGUUCGAUUUCCAGGGUCUGGCAGCCGCGACGCAGCCGGCGGCGGCCGAUCCGGCGGCGUACAAGUACCAGAGCGAGCUGUUCAUGUCCGGUUACGGUCAUGCCAAGCUGAACCUGAUGCCGCCGCCGGCGGCGUCGGUCUCGGUUUCCGUUCCUGGCGGCCUCUUUCAAUCGGCAUCGAGCUACUGGUCGACGAGCCCGGGCGCCAACUUGUAUGCCGGCCAUCACACGGCCUCCGGACACGUGCCACCUCAUCUCGGCACCUAUCCGCAUUACGCAUGACCCGCCGCCGAGCACUGGGGCGCCCUGGGCACGCCGCGUUGAAACAUUUCUAUCGAAAGAGUACGAGCCGUUGCUGCCACGUUGUCGGCGACAACGUGUGUAAUCGUAAAUUACACAGUCUUUUAUUCCCCCCCGGCCCCCCCCGGAGGCUCGGACCGCACAUUGCUUCAGGUAUUUGCACGAAUCUGUCCAUUCUGCGUAUGUAUCCAUUCUUAUUGUCUUCUUUUAAUGAAUGCGAACAUGGCGGAAGGGUAGGCGAUUUGGCAAAUUUAUUUUCCCCUUUUUUCAUCCAAUUCGUAGAUUAUUUAUCUUGAAAGGAAAUUCGUUUGCACCGACCAGCACUGAUGAAUAAUUAUGUACAAUCGUCGAUCACGAGUAGAUAUACAGCUUUAUAAUCGACACGUAAGUAGUAAAUGACAAUCACGAAAUAGUAAGAGAAAAGGGUAACCCGGUCAAAGUGACGCGCAUACAGGAAUUUAUUAAUAAUAUAGUACUUUGCUUUAAAUAAGAUUUUUAACAAUUCUGAUAACAAUAAGUUAAAAUGCUAUCAAAGGAAAAUAUUGAGUAAAAGAUUCAAAUUAAGAAGAAAGAUCUAUGUGCUAAAAUAUUCUUAAUCUUGUGCUACACUUAUGAUACAAAUAUCGACAAUGAAAUAAGCAUAGCGUCUUUUCAAUUUUAUUAGCAGUAUAGUGCAACUGCUUCUUCACACUUAUUUGUUAAGUAAUUAAAAGAAGAAAGACAUGAAUGCGCGAGGCGUGCAUAUUUGUGUAUAAAACAUUGAUAUUUAAGACGCGUUUGGACAGAUUUAAUGUCUAAAAUCCUACAUGCGAUACAAUCGCCCCAAUAAAGUGUGCAGUACACUGUUGAAAAUUUUUCGAUGCAAUACCUAAGCAACGCGUCGUAAUCAGUGAUUACUUAUGCACCGCCUUAUAUAUGUAUAGAGGCGACGAUUUUACGUAAUGAGUACUUUACGGAUUCUGAUUCGCCGCGGCCGAUGGGGUGCGCUUCAAAAAAAAAAAAUUAUUAUUGUAAGAACGUUGUACAUAUACAGUAUAAUGCAUUACGUUAGUAACACAGGGUGUGUGCAUCCGUGAGAUAAUUCGCAUGAAUCUUUUUACCGUUACUGCUGUGGUGUCACUUUGUAAGAGACACGUGCGCAUCGAAAGAACGUGCUCUCGAAAAUUUUCUGACUCUGUGGGUUUUUUUUUUUGAUAGGUGAAAUCAAUUCUAAUAAUUUCUUGCCAAAUAUCGAUACCAAAGAAAAUUAGUUCUUCUUUAUAAUUUGCUAGUAACAUAUUUUAAGU